CAUGCGUACUGUUGCUUAAAGGUUAGUGUCUUUAGAUAACCUUUCCGGUUGCGCUCACAAUUCGAUCCUGUAUGUUACAUGUUUUGACCUCAAAAGGCCUGCAUAGAGAGUUUAAGCAUCGAUAAUAAGACAUCACCGAGAGUAAGAACGGAUUUAAAGACAUCACCGGGACCGGAACCUGAUUCAUCAAACAGUGACAGGUAUAGAAAUGACCUCCAUUUUGUUGUAAAUCUUAGUUGUCUUUCUUGUCAUAAUUAACUCGCCCAAGGAGGUCGCAUAACACACUGCGGCUGGUACCCGAACGAUCGUCGACAUGAGUCGAGACCAGAGAUCACGACUUUUCCGAAGCGCUCUUCUAUUUUUCGUCGGCUGCUUUUGUGGCAACUACUGGUUCAAGUUCAACCUGACUGCCGACUCAGUAGCUAAAAGAGAAGCGGGUUCCAUACAAGCUCCGCCGGGGUACGAAGUCAAAACGAUCCUGCGCUCCCUGCGUCGGGAACACGAAGACAUUCCGACAGAAAAGGAAACCCUUUGUAAGUGUGGCGGGCAGAGACCAUCACACUACUUGUCACCAUGGCAACUGGCAAAUAAACAGAAAGAGCAGGCAGAAAGUUUGGAAAGAUUUGAGAGACGGCGUAUUGACCUCAAGGAUGUUUACAACCAAGUGGAGGGGUCUUCACCGAUCAGCUACCCGGCUCACGGUGUGUACUGCAGGCCCAGGAGGAAGGUCAGGUUAAACGGAGUUCGUAUAGAUUGGUUCGAUGCUAGUGUCGUCCAAGGUCAAACACAGCUAACGGUCCAACUAAAUGCAGAGAAGGGUGUUUUCGACCUCGCUAGCAGUGUGGACUAUGUAGCUGCGGAGGGGGAAGGGACCGCGCAGUUGACCAUCCGCACGACCAACCCAUCUCUGUUGAACAGACAGCUGCUGUACAUCGUGUAUCGGAACACACUAUAUGAUGCGAACACAUUCGACUUAGUGCGGCUUCAAUACGCUGGUUUCACUGCAACCAUACCGGUACACAUCCAGCAGGUACAGCUGCCCUGGCUAUACGAUCAAAAAGGAGGAAAGUUCCAAGACAGAGUGACCGUGGUGGUGAAGACCUUCUACCGGUACAGCAACCUCAAACGGCUCAUCGCCUCCAUUCACGAAUACUACCCGGGGACGAGAAUGGUCAUUGCAGACGACACCCCCAGCAAGCUAUUCACCAGUGUUCAAGCACCUAACGUCGAUCAAUUCCGGAUGCCGGAAAACAUAGGUUACUUUGCGGGCCGAAAUCUGGGUUUAUCCCAGGUGUCCACGGAAUACUUCCUGUAUACCGACGAUGACCACUACAUCAGGAAUGACACAAGACUGCACAUGUUUAUGUCACUGUUGGACAAGACAAACUUCCAUCUGGUGAGCGCAACAUACGAGAAGAGGGAGUCGAAGUUUUCCAGCACGUUAGAGGUUACAGGGGAGAAUAACCACAUCUGCCUGCUGCAGCGGUACGAACCCAACCACUUUCACGAGAUCCCGGGCUUCCCUGGUUGUUACGCCAACGAGAUCUGCCAAAAUUUCUUCAUGGCGUCAACUAAUGAGGUGAAGUCUAUCGGAUUCGACCCGGACCAAGCAUUGGCCAGGAUUGGACACGAAGAAAUAUUCCUCUCUGCGCUUGGAAGGCUCCGGACUGCCGCUUGUCGCAACAACGUCAUCGGGCACAACCGUAAAGGCGGGCCGGAAUUCAAAGACUACGGGAAGUUUAGAAACCCCGGGGAAAAAUCGGAAGCUUUACGGUUCAAAUAUAACCUGUUCAAGCACAACCUGGCUUGUACACAGAUAGACUGGGGCAUGAAUACAACUAAGACUAAGACGAAGAAGUAGCCGCUGACUAUCAAGUUAAGUCAUCUCUUUUAGGGAAAACACUACAAUCAUAUACAUAGUCAUAACGAUCGAAAAACUACAUUCGGCAGCUUACAAAUAUUUAGAUGAUUCUCAAAUUCUCAAAUGGAAAAAAAAAAUAUUCAGGUUUCAAACGUUUGUUAUUCCUCGCCGACAGCAGCUAUUGAAAUAUCAUAACUAUCUUAGCCCUAAACUGCCAAGUUGAACGUACUCAAAUAGUGAUCGUAACAAAAAUUACCCUUCAUGACCCAAAUAGAAAAAAAAGAUGUAAUACAGGUUACUCUAUAAAGCCCUGUACUGUUAGGCGAUAUAUAUCAUCAGUAUAUAGCUGUUCAGAAUUGUAGGAAUUAAGAAAAUAGAUCCGAUAGAUUAAUUGUCAAGUUUUUUAAAAAUAUUUGAACAGUUCAGUGUAGAUAUUUGUAUAGGUCACAUGUGCGUUGUCUGUGUUGUGUAAUAUGCUGUAAUGGAGUAACUCCUAAGUUUCCACCUGCCAUAUCAAUGAAAAUAAUGGAUAACGGUGUGUAAAUUGCCAAAUAGGUAAUGUGAAACGUCAUAUGAUAGUAGAAGAUACAACGAAAAACCAGAAAUUUCGUCCAUUCUUGAUGGUCAGGCCAUGUUAUUUUUCAUAUGAGAGAAGUCAGGCAAUAUUUAAGGAGGAACAUAGCUGCUUUUGA